AUGAUUAUCCUCACUGCUCUCCUUCCUCUCAUGGCGUUGACUUCGGUCUUAGCCUCUGCGAUCGUUCAAAGAUCAGGAGCAACAGAUGUCAAACUCAGAGUGAAAGAUACCGACGACUGUCUAAGUAAGAAGCCCAGCCCAGGUGAUCCGAACAGCUUCGGGGCCUCGACUGAGAAAUGUGCGGAUGCGCCAAAAUGGACGAUCAACAGAGACCAACCUGGAAAGAUCCAAUUGGCAGGUUCGAAAGACAAAGUACUUGAAUCGUCUCAAGGUGGAGUUCUCGUUACUCUGGAGGCUCCAGAGGAUGGCAAUAAAUUUCAAGAGUGGACUUUCCGGGACGACGGUUCCAUCAAGAACACUUUCGACGGUUCGUCCGAUCAAGAGUACUGUCUUGCCAAGACUACAGAUCCGAUCUUCACUAUGGACCUUGAUGAUUGUCCUGAAGCUGAUGCAAAAUUGGACGAAGGGGACCCAAGAGUAUGGGAGAUCAUCGAGUAG